AUGGGGGACUUGCGCCGUAGCAAGCGGUGGCUAGUUCUUUGCAUGAGUUUAAGCGAGCUACUUUUCACAGUGGUGAACGGAGCACGGAUUUUUCAAGAGUGGUACGUCGCGAUUAACACAAACAUCAACACUGUAUUACGAGAUCAACCGGAAUGGAGUGCAACAAAGACUAAACUCGUGGCAAGAUGGAGUUUCGGGUACAAAUUGCCCGAUCCAGCCCGGUGGAACUUGACGACAAGGGCAGCAAGGCCGAACCCACAAAGGACGUUCAAUGUAUGGAACAUGACGCCAUCAGAGACAUUUGUUCUUCAUGGAUCAUUUGCUAAAAUCAAUGGGCUUUCUCGUUUCACUGUCAACAAUGUGUCCUAUAAUACUCCGACUACUCCAUUAAAAUUGGCUGAUUACUACAAUAAUGACUCCAAUGUUUACCAACUUGAUACCUUUCCUAUUCACUCUAGCCUUAAAGCACCCGUCCAUGGAACAUUUGUUGUAACGGGGACCCAUAAGAACUGGUUGGAGAUUGUGUUCAAGAAUGAUUUGGAUUCAAUGGACUCUUGGCAUUUGGAUGAAUUUGGAUUCUUUGUUGUUGGGUAUGGAGUAGGACGGUGGACACCGGUAUUACGUUCUACAUACAACGUCUAUGAUCCAGUUGUACGCUCAACUGUUCAGGUGUAUCCAAGAGGAUGGAGUGCAGUUUAUGUCUACCUAGAUAACCCUGGAAUGUGGAAUUUAAGGUCACAAAACCUAAAACAUUGGUAUUUAGGACAAGAACUCUACGUUAGAGUUUAUGAUCUUGAUCCCAACCCUGCCAAAGAGAGACCACCCCCACGAAAUCUCUUGUUUUGCGAUCAGUUUCUUUCAUAA